AUGAGUUUUGAGGCUUGUGAAGUAUGUCACGAGAACGCGCGACAGUAUAAAUGCCCCAGAUGCGCAAAAAAAACUUGUUCGUUGGCGUGUUCGCGCGCCCACAAGGUCCAGGACGAGUGUUCUGGACUGGGGCACGAACCUACCGCGUAUAUGUCGAGUGAGCAACUGAAAGCGGCUGAUACUCCGGACGAGACGAAUCUGGCAGUGCAAAGAGACUAUAACUUUCUCGUGGGCAUGAACAGACGGCUAGAAUUGCUGAAAAGAGACGGGAAAUCCAGAAACAAGCGAGCACUGGGGAACCAGCAUUUUGGCUCUCAAAGCAAGCGUAUGCAUGUAGAAGAAGCACGCAAAGUGGUGCGCAGAGGUGCCGAAUGUGUGCUGGUACCGAAAGGUAUGUCGCGGUCGCUGCAGAACAAAAGUCGGUGGGACAAAGCUUUGGAUCAAUUCGUGUGGACCGUCGAAUGGGUCGUUAUGGACGCGAACGGUGCCAUAGCACUGCAACACGUCAAUCAUCGCAACAAAGAGACGGACCCUUUGGGCCAUUGCAUGGGAAGAGUCGUUUUCGAUAAGUGUGUUGAGCUUAGCGCUUGCGCACACAGUGACGGUGCCAAGGCGAGCCUCAGCGCUGCUGGCGCUGGGAUUCUAGAUGCUCCCGUCCCACCGGAAGACAGAGCUGCGUUGCUCACCGAACGAGGUGUGCGACUUUACUUGAAAUGGUUCCCACCCAACGACAGCGCUAGGCCAACAGAUUCCAAAAAACUUCUAGCUGUGGACGGUUACAAACGCCUCGGCGAAUUGCUACGAGGCAAGACGAUUAUUGAAUUCCCGACUCUAUACGCGCUCCCUGACGACGUCAAGGCAUCGAGCGUAGAUUUUUCAUUUGUAGAUGAACGUGGACAGCCCUUGGAGACAGCAGCGUCAUCCGACGAAUCCUCCGACGAAACUUCCGACGUGUCGUCCUCAUCCGGCGAGUCGUCGAGCUCAGAAGACAGUGUCUCAAGCUCCUCGGACGAGGACUCAGGACCCACAGAAGACUCCAGUGCACGUGUUGCGAACCAUGAUAGAGUUGUCCAGAGCACAGCCAAGGCUAACAUUGGCGAGGACGACGACGAGGACGACGACGAUGACUACACACCUGGCAUUUCGUUAGAUUUCUUCGCUGAUUGA